AUGGCCGAUGGUCUUGACUGCUCGUGUUUUGGAGUUGCACCAAAUAUCAGUGCGAACCAGCAACAGCAAACAUUAUUACAACCACAAGGAUUAGUAGGCUCACAACAGAUGAUCCAUCCAAAUAUUGCAGGACUUCCAAUGCAUUCACCGUUUAACACUCCGCUGAUGCAACUUCAAGGGAUGCAAACAGGGCCUGUGUUUCCUUAA